AUGGCCUUGAACACGCCCCCAUCGUUCCUGAAAGCAUGUCAGGCAUACCUUGACUACCAGCAAAAUUUGACAACGAUGUCCUUACCUCCCUACGGUCUCAAUACAGAUGGACAGGUGACAAUCCAGUGUGGAGAAAUCUUCCACCUCGUGCCUAAUUGCCAGCGCCGCAUGGAUGCCUUCACAGCAACCAAUAAUCUACGGCACCACCUCAAGAAGGAGCACGGACGGCAUAUUACCUGGUUCUUCGGAACAUCUCUGGGAAUGUACUCAGUCAAGAAGUCUGUGAAGCUAGUGGACACGAAGCAGAAAGAAAUUCUCAAGGGACUUCGCGCUCGUGCAAGCCAAGCGAUGGAAUCUACACAGAUGUUGGCGGAUACGAUUCAGAAAAAGGGAAAUUUCACCAGUGACGACUCAAGAUGUGCCACCAAGGCUGGUGCUGAUGCCGUCAGGACUGAGGCCAAGGAAAUGAUCAACCAAGAGGAAUGGGUUACCGAGACUGAGAAUAUAGCCAUUAACGAUCUUUGGUGA